ACAGACAGAGGAAGAAAAUAGCUGUGCUUUUGUUUCCCGUGCUCACGUCCCGUGCCCCCUGAUCUCCCUGGGAAAUUCACUUCAGUAUAUUUCUCCUUUCUCGUUACACUCAUGUGUCUCCCCUGUUUUGGGAGGAGGCCUAAAAACCGGACUGAACGAGAGGGAGGAGAAAAACCCAGGCAGAGAAAGAGAGGGAAAUCGCCUGAAGCCAGACUUUGCCUGCUUAUUCAGCGCUGAGUGCUGCACUGCGCCGUUUCCAGUUGUGGGAUGUUAAGAUUUGCCUUUGGCUGCACUUCUCCCCCUCACAUAAAGACUCUUUAGACAUUUGUAUGCUCAUUUUCUUGGAGGAGGAGGAGUGAGAGAGGGAGAGACUUGCCAGACCUAUUAGCCUGGAGCCUGAAUCACACACUCUCUCUCUGACACACACACUUAUACACUCCUCCAGCUCCGCGCUGCACCAAGGUAACAGUGAGUGGAUUUAGCUUUAGCCAUCUGGUCGGAGCGCAGAGAAAAAUCAUCUCUGCUGCACGGAGCGGAUAAGGACGAUGCAGCACUAACACACAAAGAGAACCAAAGAGUGAGAGACAGAACGACACACACACACUAACACAGGAUGGCCACCGCAGUGUUUCAGGUGUCUUCAUCUUGUGUUCCAGCAACAAACUAUGAGCUGGCACCAAGCAGUGACCAUCCUCUCAAACAUGUAGACACCAUGGGCUCAACAAAGUCUUCAAAGAGCAUGGAGUCACGGCGCAGACCAUCGAGGAGUGUGAGUCUGCUGCAGGCCCUGGAGGAGAACUAUGAGCUGGACCUGCUGUACAUCACAGAGAGGAUCAUCUCCGUGUCCUUCCCCAGCAGCGUGGAGGAGCAGAGCUACGCCGCCAACCUGCGGGAGGUCGCCUCCAUGCUGCGCUCCAAACACGGACACAACUACCUGCUCUUCAACCUCAGUGAGAAGCGUUAUGACAUCAGCCAACUUAAUCCAAAGGUGUUGGACUUUGGCUGGCCGGACCACCACGCUCCAGCUCUGGACAAAAUCUGCAGCAUCUGCAAAGCCAUGGACACGUGGCUGAGUGCAGACAGCCACAACGUGGUGGUGAUACACAACAAGGGCAACCGGGGCAGAACAGGAGUGGUGGUGGCCGCCUACAUGCAUUACAGCAACAUAUCUGCCAGUGCUGACCAGGCUCUGGACAGGUUUGCCAUGAAGCGCUUCUAUGAAGACAAAGUGCUUCCUGUGGGCCAGCCAUCCCAGAAAAGGUAUGUGGAGUACUUCAGUGGCUUGCUCUCUGGACAUAUCAAGAUCAACAACAAACCCCUGUUCCUUCACCAUGUGAUCCUGCACGGCAUCCCAAACUUCGAGUCCAAAGGAGGUUGUCGUCCUUUUCUCAAGAUCUACCAGGCCAUGCAGCCCGUGUACACAUCUGGGAUUUAUAAUGUUCUGGGUGACAGCCAGACCAGCAUCUGUAUCACCAUUGAACCCGGUCUUCUUCUGAAAGGUGACAUCUUGUUGAAGUGCUACCACAAGCGUUACCGCAGCCCGUGCCGAGACGUGAUAUUCCGGGUGCAGUUUCACACCUGCGCCGUGCACGACCUGGGGAUUGUGUUUGGAAAGGACGAGCUCGAUGAGACAUUUAAAGAUGAGAGGUUUCCAGAAUAUGGGAAAGUGGAGUUUAUUUUCUCCUUUGGACCAGAGAAAUUACAUGGUCCAGGUGUGGAUCAACUUGAAAACGGGCCGAGCGUCUCGGUUGACUACAACACUCAGGACCCUCUGAUCCGCUGGGACUCCUACGAAAACUUCAACCAGAACUGUGAGGACAACACAGACGAACUCAUCCACACUGAAGGACCCUUGGAUGGCAGCCUCUACGCCAAAGUUCGCAAAAAGGAGUCCGUGGAAGGAACAGUCACAGCGAAUGGCCUGCCACCAUCUGCGGUGGAACACGCCCUACCUGCGGUUGACCAUGCCUUGUCAGUGAGCAGCGACUCAGGAAACUCUACUGCCUCAAUCAAAACUGACCGAACUGAUGAAGCGGCAGCAGCAGCUCCUCAGGCUUCCACAGUGAGCCGGACACACGUUCCUGUAGGAGAGGAGCUACCCUUGGUCCAUCAACAAGAACCACCUGCACAACAACCAAUCAGUCCCCAGGAGAAGCAGGAGCUCGAGCAGCUGCUGAGUGGCCUGGAGGGGCCCAUGCACCGACAGGGCUACCUGUCCCUGCCGGCUUCCACGGUUGGAGGCAUGCUUCACCUGGUGCCUGCCCAGGUCCAUGUCAACGGGCACGGUAGCAUUGACCGUGAGACAGACAUUUUGGACGAUGACAUGCCUACCAGUCAGGAGGGACACACUGUGGACAGUCUGGGGACGUUCUCCUCCACAGAUGGCAGGGCUACACCAGCUGAUCUUUACUACCAGCCUGAGCCAAUUGUCAAUGGCCAGGAGCAUGUGCCGUACCUGGAGCGCAGUGCCCCAGAAAAGCCUCUAGAAACUACCAUACCCAAAACAUCCGCCACUCUGACCCAAAGUGAGUCCGCCCCAUCCUCUGGUUAUUACACGGCGAAGCAGAACGGCAAUGUGUUCCGCUCUCAGUCGUUUGGAGCAGAGCAAAACUCUUUGCCUCAAGCUCCAGCUCGCACCACCAGUAGCAGGGAUGCCGUCCAGCGCGGGCUCAACGUUUGGCAGCAGUUUGGUGUAACAGAGGAGCCCGUUACUGAAGGACUCACCUUCAGUCAACCUCCUUCUACAGUGGUGAUGUCCAGCCACCACAGCCUCCCACAAUUCUCUAACCGCCAGAGCGCUUCCCAGCAUGAAAUUGAGGAAUCUAUUGAAACCCUUAAUCUCCUCAUGAUGGACCUGCAACCAGGCCGUACGCUGGUGCCAAAGUCCCAAAGUGCUCCACUGCAGGAAAACUGUGUUGUAGUGACCACCCAGCCGUCCUUCUCCCAGAGCCAACCCAGGCCCUCCACACAGGCUGACUCAGCCAUUCAUAGCCACUUUUCUGGCCCCAUGUCCAGCCUGGCCAGCCACUCGUCCCCGGGUCAGAUGUCCCCUGGGAAGCCGAGGACGCCGGAGCCUGCUCCUGUCCAGGGAUCUCUGAGUUACUCAUCUGAAAGGGAUGUGACAAGUCCUCCCUCACUAGCCUACCCCACUGUAGCUGGUCACAUCCAGCUCAAGCCCAUCAGUAACUAUCCACCAAGCACACUGUCCCAGUCUGCGGAGGUCACUGAGCCCCAGUGGAGCCCCAGUGCCGCCUCAGCAUCACCCCAGCCAACAGACAGUGAGCAGGAUGAAGUUUUCAACGUUGAAGGUCUGGUGGCCCAAAGAGUGGCAGGAGUCCAGGCCCGUACGGUGUCUUUAGACGAGCCUGCCACCCUGCCCCGCCAACGCAACACCAGCGAGGGCCACUACCACAACGGCCCUGAUGAAGACCCCUCCCCCGACGUCCCGCUGCGGUCCCCUGUCCGCUGUGUUUCUCCUGAGUUUGUCAACGCCUUAGCGAUGAAUCCCGGAGGACGACCCAAGGAGAGACACAUGCACAGCUACCGCGAGGCCUUCGAAGAGAUGGACGGUGGCCCCAUCAGUUCAACACCCUUUGUUGGUGGUGAGGUGUUUCCCCAAACCCCUGCCUUCCCCAUCUCGCCGCAAACCCCUUACUUCAACCUGUGUCGGUCCCCUCCUGGUCUCGCCAAAACUCCUCUCUCCGCGCUGGGCUUGAAGCCCCACAACCCUGCAGACAUCCUCCUCCAUCAAACAGGCUCAGAUGAUGAGAGCAGUGAGGGGGAGGAAGCACCAAGAAGCUAUGUGGAGUCUGUGGCGAUGUCGGCAUCAACAGGCGGAGAGCAGCCGUCACCUCGGAGCCUCAGCCCCCCCGGAGAGACUGCAGCCCAGCAGAGAAGCCCCUCCUCCCACUCACUGAACCCCCCUCUGUCCAGCAGCAGCCCCAUCCAGAUCUCACAGAGUGAUCACCUCUUAGUAGAGAGCAGCGUUAGCACUCCGUCCUACCCCACUACUGAUUCCAGCUUCCGCUCCCAGGCUACAGAGAGCGCCUACCCCACUCCCACCCCCUCAUACCAAACCCCCACCUCUUCCUACCUAAAUUCCAGCUCUCCAACCUCUUCCUACCUUGACACUGCAACCCCUACACAAUCCUACCAUGGCGCCAACACCCUACUGGGGAGCUAUGUGUCCUCAGACCCCAGCCCCCCUGCCUCAGAACCCUCCCUCAGCCAUGGAAGCCCCCAUGCACAGCACCGGAACGUCCUCAUUGGCUCCCCUUACAACACCCUCCUCCAGCAGCGCUCAUAUCCUUAUCAGGACACUGCCAUCGUAGUCCAGCAAACAUCCCCGGCUAACGGCUUCGAUGUGGGGAUGGUGGGCCUCAGUGGAAGUCCCAUCCUGGGUGGUCGUCUGACGCAGGGGGCUCAGAGCAGCCCGGUCCUCAGCAGACAGGCCUCGUUGGGUCAGGGGUCCCAGCAGAGCCCGGUCCUCAGCAGACAGCCGUUCCUUGGCCAACCCAUGCAAGGUAGCCCUGUGCUAAGUCGACAACCAUCCAUCACCCAAGGGAGUCCAAUUUUGGGGCGUCACCCGUCUGUAUCGCAGGUCUCCCAGAGGAGCCCCAGUCUGGACCGUCACCCCAUGCACAGCGGGUACACCACCCCAGAUGAGAGGCACGGGAACCUGUCACGGCAAAGCAGCUCCUCGGGGUACCAGGGACCGCCCACGCCUUCUUUCCCAAUCUCGCCCGCAGGCUACCAGGAGGGAGGCAUGAUGGGGAUGGGGGUAGGGUUCCGGCAGGGCAGCCCAGCUCCAGGGUUCCAGCCCCAGCUUCCGGAGAAGCGGCGCAUGUCGAGUGGCGACAGACCCAACGGAGCGCAGUCCUACGGCACGCUGAAUGGGAAGAUAAUGUCCCCAAUGAGUGGAGGAAACAAUCCCGGCUACUUCCACACCCUCUCUGACUUCUCGAGGUUCAACAUGCCCGAUGGCAGUCCCGAGAGCAGGCUGAAUGUCAAGUUUGUCCAAGACACGUCCAAGUUCUGGUACAAGCCAGACAUUUCCAGGGAGCAAGCGAUUGGCCUGCUGAGAGAGAGGGAGCCAGGAGCCUUCGUUAUUCGGGACAGUCACUCGUUCAGGGGGGCUUACGGCUUGGCCAUGAAGGUGGCCUCCCCUCCCCCCACAGUGCAUCAGAACAAGAAAGGUGACGUCAACAACGAGCUGGUCAGACAUUUCCUGAUUGAGAGCAGCCCUAAAGGAGUGAAGCUGAAGGGUUGUCCUAACGAGCCGUACUUUGGCUGUCUGUCUGCCCUAGUCUACCAGCAUGCCAUCACACCGCUGGCCCUACCCUGCAAACUACUUAUCCCAACCACAGAUCUCCUUGAGGAGGUGCCAGAAGUCGCUGCACCGAAUCCUCUGGCUGAGAGGCUGAAACAAGGAGCAGUGCAGAGGGCCCCUGCUGAUGCCCAUGCAUGCAACGUGCUCUACAUCAACUCAGUAGACAUGGAGUCCCUGACAGGCCCUCAGGCUGUUGCCAAGGCCAUAUCUGAGACACUGGCUGCCACCUCCCCAGCUGCUGCCACCGUGGUGCACUUCAAGGUGUCUUCACAAGGCAUCACGCUGACUGACAACCAGAGGAAGCUUUUCUUCCGACGCCACUAUCCUACCAACACUGUCACGUUCUGCGAUACUGACCCUCAGGACAGGAAGUGGAACAAGCCUGAGGGCGGCACAGCUAAGCUGUUUGGGUUCGUGGCGCGUAAGCAGGGAAGCACGACGGACAACGUGAGCCACCUCUUCGCCGAGAUGGACCCCGACCAGCCCGCCAACGCCAUCGUCAACUUCGUCUCCAAGAUGAUCGCCGUGCAGAAACGAUGAGAGCCGUCAACAAACCCUGCCACUUUUUAUUUCAAUGCCUUUUUUUAAUUUCCUUUAAACCACAGACACUUACUUUCAGUUUUUGGACGAUUUGGUUUUUACGUGUCACCUUAUUUUUCCCACUCUUUUUAAAUGUACAUGUGUCUGUGCGUGAAAGAGUGCAAGACAGAGUGUGUGUGUGUGUGUGUGUGUGUGUGUGUGUGUGUGUGUGUGUGUGUGUGUGUGUGUGUGUGUGUGUGUGUGUGUGUGUGUGUGUGUGUGUGUGUGUGUGUGUGUGUGUGUGUGUGUGUGUGUGUGUGUGUGUGUGUGUGUGUGUGUGUGUGUGUGUGUGUGUGUGUGUGUGUGUGUUUGCGUGUGUUUGCGUGUGUGUGUGUGUGUGUGGCUUACGUGCAUUUGUGCUUUUCUUCUUGGACGGACUCCAGAAUGGAUCAGAGGAAGUGCAGGAUGGGGCGUGGCUGUGUGACAAUGGGAGGGGUGAUUUUCGAUCGCCCUGGCAGGGUAAUGCAUGAACAGGAAGGGGGAAUGACGUAGAGUGUGCAAAUGUUAUCUUGUUAGCAAUUGUUUCAUUUUUUUUUUUAAAGAAGAAGUCAAGUUGUGCGAUGAAAUGGUGGAUUGUAAAUCUAUCAGGCUUUCCGACUGGUCAACCAAAGAUUUAAAAAAAGAAGUAGCCGGGGCGCGUUUAGCGCGCCGCUGUCGGAGGGUCGGAAGUAUUCUUUUGUAAAACAAAUAUGGCUGCUUAAUCAAAAAAUACUGUUUCUUUCUGUAUGUACUGAUACUGUAGGUCAAUUCCGCACCUGUGCCAUGGUGCAAGAAUUGUCUCCGGACAUUUCCGCAGCCGGUCAGGUGUUUGUAAAUAAUCUAGAUUGCUUUAUGAGUAGGACUGUUCUAGAAGACAUGUGGUGCCUGCCUUUCUUCUGUAAUGCAGAGCUUUUUAAGAAAAAAACCCGUAAAGGCUGUCUUAAAUAUGCAAAUAGUCAAACUUGGAAACUAGGUGAUUCUUCAGAAUUCCACCUUUUCGAUGUAGUAGUGCGCUGACAGAGGUUAUUCCUUGGAAAUCUGAAAGCUAAAAAAUGAUUUUCUUGCAAAUCUACGCAAAUUCUCUGGAUUUUUGGGGGAUAAACAUCCUGUCUGCCACCAGUCUAUGUUCAGUCACACUAUUUUUCGCGCAUUACUGAAGGGCCUAACGUUGUUCCGUGAUGAACUUUCUAGAAAAGUGUUGCUAUACUGCUCUUCAGUUUUUCCGGUUAUUCCGUCAACAGCUCUUUUGCAUCAGCCGGCCAAAACUGUUAACACCCUACCCAAAAGUAAGCUAUACAUAUAAAUAUACAUAUAUAGAUAUAUAUAAAAAACUUCCAAACAGUGACUUAAGAUAUUUAUUUUUAUGCUUUGUUGCUCUAUGUUAUCUUGUAUACAUGUAUUAUAAAGUAUACACCAAGAUUACUGAAAGCGAGAAGAAAAUAUAUUUUCUUUUCUAUUAUUUUUGGCAAGUGCAUUGACAUAUAUAUGGUGUAAUAAGUGUGUGCAUUUCAACUGUUGUUGUUUUUUAUGUUUUUAUCACAGCAUUUCUUCCUUUUGUUAACAUUUUUGUUUUGUGGGGAGGCUUUGUUUAUGAGGGGGGUAUUUUGUAUGAAAGAUUUCUGUUACUAAAGUCCAAAUUGGAGUUAUUCUAAAGCCAACACAAUUGUUUUAUUAACUUAAACCUGCAUAGAAUACAUUGUCAAUCAAUCAAUGUUUAUUUAUAUAGCCCAAUAUCACAAAUGUUAAAUGUGUCUCAGUGGACUUCACAGUUUGUACAGAAUAUCAGUAUGACAAUGUCCAAGAUUAGCACUUAAAUGUUGAAGUAUUAUCAUUGUGUUUCUACUUGUCAAAAGAGGAGGAAAUGGACAUUAAUGGAACCCUUUCAUGUCAUGAUUGCAUGUUACUACUUCCUGUAGUCAUGUUGUAGUUUCUCCUCAGCAUGGGUCUGGAGCUUGUUCCUGGAACACUAGUCGGAUCAGUCAGUAGCUGCUGCCCUCAUGUGGUCAGGAGACAUCAUUACAAAAGGAACCACUUUUAUUUCUAACAGUGUUUUAGCUGUGGCAUGUCAAAGGGUAAAUGUUUGAGUAAAUUCAACACUGAGAAAAUGAGCUUUGAUUUUCACCUUGAUUCAUUUGGCCUUUUCCUUAUCAUACAAUUUUAUUUUGGCAUUUUGAAAUGUGAAACCUUAAGAUGUUAUUCCUGGUUGUUUUGGCGACACCCUAUUUACUGGUGGUAACAGCUAAUUUGUAUUAAAACUACAAGUCCCAGAAUGCAGAGGGCAGCAAUACAAUUAAUAAAGUAAUUGAUUACGAAGUCAAUACAGACAUCCAGUUCACAAUACUGCAAAAAUAUGGAUUUUGCAAAACCAUACACUCAGUCACCAACUUUAUUUGGCAAUAGAUAGUAACUCUUCAGACAUUAAGAGAUUAUGACUCCUUCCUUUUCUGAUGCUCUUGUAUCAGUUGGCAGCAUGAUGUAAUGAAUUAUCAUGGGGGCCUAAAGAAAAGAAUACAGCACUUAAAGGGCUUUUAUAUCUGACUAUAGAUUGUUCCAUUAUUUAUUAGCAAGAGCCUGCAUGCUCAAAUACUAUUGUUAGUUUAGUGCUGCUGACUGUAAUCUGUACACAGCAUCCUCAAGUCUUACCGGCCCUUUAAGAUCCACACACACAGAUAUCAGCAGGAUUUUCAUUUUGACGACUGUCUUGACAGAAGAAUCGUUAUUUUUGCCUGAAAAGAGGACGUCCUCUACUUCCAACUGAAUGUUCUCCAUGUGUUUGUCGGGAUGGAAGCUCCAGUGGCUCCCCCACUCUGACAGAUCAUGUGGACUGUAGAAUGUGUGUGAAUGAGCUACUAUGCCUGUAUAGAGCGCUGUCAUUUUUUGAUUUGCUACAUUGUAUGGCUUUUACUAUUUCUGAUGGAAGAAAACACAUUAAAAAAAAAAGCAGUACAAAUCAAUA